AUGAAUUUCGGUGUCCCCGCUAAUUCAAUGCUGCUUUUUCGUGCCUGCGACGAGGGGGACUAUGACACCGCCCGGGGGAUCCUGGAGCCCGGAGUUCCGAAGGAUUCCGGGCGGCAGAGCAGGCUGCGGUCGGAGGCUGGUUCGGAGUGCAGCCCCGCGGACAUGUUGUCUCUGGUACCGGUGGACUGUACGGACGAGGAGGGCAACACCGCCCUACAGUUCGCCUCUGCAAGUGGACAUGAAAUCCUGGUCCGGUUUUUGCUUCGAAAAGGGGCUUCGGUGGACAGCCGCAACAACUACGGCUGGACCCCGCUAAUGCAGGCUGCCAGGUGGGGCUGACGGCUGGAGUCCACUGUAGACAAAACCCCAUUAGAAAGUCUGCCAAAUUCUAACAACACACCUUAAUUUCGAUUGAGAAACACCGAAGAUGUAUUAUUAGAACUUCCUUUUUAAAACACAAAGUUUAAUGAUGAAAACUAAUGUUUUCUGUGGUUAUUAACCACUAACAUUUCUUAUUAUAACCGCUUGGGGAGAAAUUACCAGAAGGAUGUGUUAUGAUUAUACAGGGGUCUAACUUUUAUUGUUUAAAAAAAAAAAAGAGUUAAACGUGUGGGAAAUGAGGCCAGUUUCAGUUUGAUUGAGCCAUAUACAGAGGGGAUAGCGACCCCCAACUGCAAAAUCCACACAUUUUAGUCCAGCCAUAAGAAGUUCGGCUGUAUUGUACUCAGUAUUGGAACCCUUUUAAAACACAACAGUCUAUGUUUAUUUGGCUUCAAAAUAGUGUGUCUUCUAGCAAAAAUAUAUAACCCAGCUGACUUCUGACAGUUGAAUGUUUUAUUGUAAUUAUUUUACAUUGAAUUUGUGAGAAUGGGGCUGUUUUUUCAGCUACAUGGAUGACACAUACACCUGUACUGGUUUCAGGCAUUCAAAAUGAUGGUACAAAAAAUUUUUUUUUUUCCUUUCGGCGAUUAUAAAAAGAUACCUAUAUGAACUUUAUGUUAUUUCAUAGAUGUCAAAAACUCCCCACAGAAGCUUCAAAUGCCCUUUUCUUAUAGUAAAGUACACCAGGGUUGAGACUUUGAUUCAGAUGAAGAGGGUCAUUGACUGGUUAUCAUUCUUGACAUGUUAUUUGAUGAAUUUGAAGUAAACUAAUCUGUUAUUCUCACAGAAAAAGAACAACUAAUGGUGACUGCAACAAAACCUAGAAUGCCUUUGUGCCCAACAUUAUUAACAGCAUGAGAGUUUAGUCAGGUGAAAGAGAGGAUCUUUAAUUAUUCCUACAGAGUUUGCAUAAGUGCUUGGAUUUCUACCAAAAGCUCAAAUUUCCUUUUUCUCAUUUUAAGACACAAGUGUUGUGUGCAAGGUUUGGAUUUUAAGGCAAAAGUCCUCACUAAAAGUUCACACUUUGGAGUGACAUCUCACAGAGCAACAGCACUAACGUCUCUGAGUCAUUUUCUGUCUUAAUCUCUCCAUCCAGGUUUGGUCACCUGACUGUUGCCCACAUCCUCCUGGAAAACGGGGCAGAGAUCAAUGGGCGGAACAGGUUAGGAGCAAGUGUCCUGACUAUGGCAGCCCGAGGGGGACAUACUCAUGUACUAAAGCUGCUUCUAGAGAGCGGUGCAUAUGUGGAUGACUAUGAUCAUCUUGCUGUCGCUGCAAACUUAGACUCUAACGGAAACAACAAGAGCUGCAGGUUAGACUCUAAGCUGAAAGUUACUCAAGAUAUCAUUAAAAUAAAACCUUGUUUCAUGAACCACAGUUGAAUUUCCGUUCAGGGAUCAAUGUUCUUUUUCUUUCUGUCCACAGUGGGACUGGUUAUGGAGCCGCUGAAGGCUGCCCUGGAGGAGUAGGCAGAGAGUUUAUGGAUAUCAUAGCCCUGAUGGUGGCUGCUCAGUUUGGACAUGAGGCCACAGUGCGUUUGCUGCUGGAGUGGGGAUCUGAUGUCAACUUCUCCCAGAAGAUCACAGGCUGGGGACCACUGAUGGUUGCAACACUAAGUGGGAAGGUGGGCUUGACGGAUGUUUAAGAUUCUUUUGCAUUGUAACAAGGGAUAUAAGAGUUUAAAAAAUGUUAAAGGGUAAGGGACGAAUCUAAUAAGUGGGAUGAAAAAUGCAAAGCAAAGGUAGGCAGUGCCAAGGAGGCCUCUUUGGACUUGUGUUUUGUCUGUAGGUGUACAGACAUGACAGCAGCAGGUGAAUGUUUUACAGCUGGAGGUGCACCACCAGUCUUUCCAUCACAAGGACAAAACCUGAGCCGCCGGACAAAGAAGAUUUGAAUUCUUGCAAAAUGAUCUGGUUGGAAGACAAAGCAGAAAUCCUGUUUUAUGACAUCCUUGUUAUUAUUCACUAGGAAGCACAGCCACAGACCAAUUACAUGAUUAUCUCUCUGGCAGUUCACAAAAAUAGUUGUGUGUUUUGAAGGUGUCUGUGGCUCAGCAGCUGGUGGAGCGAGGAGCUGACCCUGACAGAGUCAACGUCUUGUCUAUGACGGCCUUUGAGCUGGCCAUGCAGCUGAAACAGAGAGACAUCAAGGCCUACCUGGACUCCAUCACGACUGUCCGACCUCAGACAGGUGAGAGUCAUCACCUUAACAGUCAUGUUUGCUUUAUUAUCAAAUUGUCACAAAAAUACGAGCAAAGCAUCCUAAACAACGCAAUCAGUAUAAGAGGGAGAAUGAUGUGGUUAAAUAGAGACAGAUUUCAAGUGAGUCUGUUACAGUUUAUUGUAUUCUCCUGGGCCCUAGGAUAUUUCUCUUUUUGAAGUUAUCAUUAUUGCAUGUCAAAAUUAAUAUUGUUUGUAAAAUGUAGGCCAGUGUAAAAAAAAUAAUGUUUGAGCAUGUUUUGGGUGUGGAAUUGAGCAGCGGUCUGAGCAGUUUAUAAUACAUCUGAGAACCUUUUUCUAAAACAAGGCGAAAAGAGAAAUUUAAAAAUGUUGAUCUGUUUCCACCAGGUUUUGUCAAACAACAGUGUGUCUCUGACUCUAAGGUGUGGAUGUAUCUGCACUGCAAUUCACACUGCUGUGAGAGUGAAACCAACAGUGGUUCCCGGCCUCUGUCAUGUUUGUUUGCCCCUCUCACCAGUACUUCAGGUUACAGCUGUGUUGGCUUAAAAAAUCAGGGGAAGUAAGGAACUAAAAGUGGAGAUGUAACAAUAUCAAAAUUUUACAAAACAAUAAUAUUGCAAUAACAAUUGUUGUUACAACAAUAAUAAUCCUUAUUUCUUCUUAUUUUUUGUUGUUGUUGUUAUAUCAAUAAUAAUGAUAAUAAUAAUAAUAAUGAUAAUAAAAAAAGUAGUUAGAGAUUAGGGGUGUAAUGAUUCAUUUUGACAACGAUUCCAUUAGUAGUAAUGUGAUUUGUGGUUGCCAAUUCGAUUUAAGAACAAUUCUGGUUCAUUUAGAACAAUAUGUUCUGAAAUGAUUCAGUAACUUGAAAUCGAUUCAGUAACUUUUAGCCAAAAAUUUAACCAGUGUGACUAUGAAUUAAAUACCUGGAUACUGGACAGUGCAGGUGAAAUUUCCUAGAUUCCUAUUGUUCCUUGUAAGGGAAUCAGGUAUAAAUUAAUGAUGGUUAUAAACAAAGAAGUAAACAACAUUUAAUAGCAAAUGCAUUCACAUUUUAUUUGAAUAAAGUGCAACCUCCACUCCAGGUUGAAUUAACAGGGGAUUAACCUUGUCUGUUCUCAACUGAAAUACUCAAUAAUUUUUUAACGAAAGUACAUUAAGUACAACCAACAUCUCUUCAGGUUGAAUUAACAGUAGGUUUUCCUGCUACUUCUGCUGUUGUUUUUCAGCAUAGAAAUAAUAUAAAUACAACAUACAAUGGACUGUAAUGGUGGCUUGAUCAUUUCUCGCUUGCCGACUUCUCCGCCGCCAUCUGCCAUGCUAUGUUUUUUUGUCUUCUGCCACGUGGCGAUGACGUCACAGACAGGUAGACUGAAUUGAGUAAUGCUUCACAUAUUUAUUACUUAAAGUGCAAAAAAACCCACAUCGAUGUACAGUGUGCUGUGCUUAAAUCUAUUGGGUUAUUUCUUAGGCCCGAACUACACGAAUGCGGAUAUAUUUCAAACCGCACAUAUUUAUGUCUGAUUAGGCCUCCCUACCACACCAAAACGGGAGUUUGGAGCACUCAAAACGGAUAAAUCUGAAUCCGGAAAAACAAGUGGAAAAAUAAAAAAAUAUCCGUAUCCCGUAUCCGUAGUGGAUUUGUGUGGUUGGACUUUUACGGAUCGAUGACGUCAAACUGCAGCUCGCACAUGCGAAUUAAAAAGAAAAACAACAACAACAACGAUGGCGGACAGACAGGGUAUUCUUUACGUUUGUUUUGCCCUUUUGGGGCUAAUUUCAGCCUUGCAAGUGAACCUUGUUUUAUACAAUUACAUCCACCAGUCAGCCAGCUCACAGACGCGUCUUCUGCGGCCAAUACUUUUAUUGGUCACAUGAUCCGUCACAUGGACCCGACGCACUAGCGUAGCUUCCGCAAACAAUGCAUCACGCUGUUACGAUUCAUCGGCCAAUCAGUUAGCUUUGUUCCUGAAUUUUUUUUAAGCGGCACCAGAUAGGAUUGAGUUUGAAGGCUACGUGUGGACGCAGAUAUUUCUGAGAACUAACACGUGUGGACAGAUACAUUUAUUUAGACGGGUGUACAAAAAUAUCCUGAUAAAUAAAUAUCCAUAUACGUGUAGUUCGGGCCUUAGUGUCGAUACAAUCAAUUUAUGAAAUUUUAAAAUGAUGUUAGAUCGAUAUAUGUCAUCUAGAAGGCCAACUUGCUGAGCACAGAUCGCUAUAGUUGGAUCAUAAUAAUAUAAAUCGAUACAUUGAUGUUGUAGGUGAAUUGUUACACCCAAUGUGCGAAAUACCCGACCACAAUCGAGGGGUCCACCCUAACUAGUGCUCCAGUAUCAGGCUGAAGUAAUAAUAAAAUAAUAAUAAUACAUUUUAUUUGGAGCGCCUUUCAUGUCACUCAAGGACACUUUACAGAACAUAUAAAACAAUGAUAACAAAACACUAUUAACAAUUACAAUCAUCAAUCAUCAAAACAGUUAAAAUCAACAAUGCAGCAUAAACAACAGCAAAGGAAUAAAUAAAGAAAUAAAUAAUACCAAUUAAAAUUAAAUUAAAAGAGUGAGUUAGGGGUGGUGGGAUGGAUAGGCCAGUUUAAACAGGUGUGUCUUGAGUUUGGAUUUGAAGAGGGGGAGGGAGUCUAUGUUGCAGAUGUGUGAUAGUAAAGAGUUCCAGAGUCGGGGGGCAGAGCGACUGAAAGCUCUGCCCCCCAUGGUGCUGAGGUGAAUAGGGGGCACAGUGAGGUGGAGAGAGGAAGAGGAUUGGAGGUGGCGUGAUGGAGUGGCGAUGUGGAGGAGGUCAGACAGGUAAGUAGGGGCGAGGUUGUGGAUGGCUUUAAAGGUAUACAGGAGGAUUUUGAGCUGGAUUCUAAGUGGGACCGGGAGCCAGUGGAGCUGCUGCAGGAUGGGGGUGAUGUGGUGGGACGAAGGGAUUUUGGUGAUGAUCCGAGCAGCAGAGUUGUGGACCAGUUGAAGUUUAUGGAGAGACGUGUGAGGGAGACCGAAGAGGAGGGAGUUGCAGUAGUCCAGACGGGAGGUGACGAGACUGUGGACGAGGAUGGAGGCGGUGUUGGGGGAGAGGGAGGGACGGAGCCGAUUGAUGUGGCGGAGAUGGAAGUAGGCAGUCCGAGUGGUAAGGCUGAUGUGGGAUUUGAAGGAAAGAGUACUGUCAAGGACGACACCCAGACUCUUGACCUGAGGGGAUCGGGAAACUGAGGAGCUGUCGAUGGUAAGGGAGAGACUGUCAACUUUGGAUAGGGUGAAUUUGGAACCUACUAGAAGAAUUUCUGUUUUCUGACUGUUUAGUUGGAGAAAUUUGGCGCUGAACCAGGAUUUAAUUUCGGAUAGGCAGGUGAUGAGGGAGGUAGGUGGGAGGGUGGAGUUUGGUGAGCUGGAGAGGUAGAGCUGGGUGUCGUCCGCGUAGCAGUGAUAUUGAAUGUUGAAUUUACGAAAGAUGGAACCAAGGGGGAGGAGGUAGGUGAUAAACAGCAGGGGCCCCAGGACAGAGCCCUGGGGCACACCUGAACUGACUGGGGAGGGGUCGGACUUCAGAGUCAGGUGGCUGGAGAGACUUGUUGAGGAGAGUGAAUAGUGAUCUGGUGUUUCCUUUGUUGCACAUUAUAUGUAAUCGUUAGCUGUUUAAAAAAAAGGAAAUACAAAAACUAAUUUGUUUUUUCAUGGCUUUUAUGAGAGCAAAUUUUGUAAUUGCUCAUGAAGUUUUGCUUCUUAUGAACAUACCUCAGCUCAGAUGAAGUAUCCUCCAAAUGGCUCUCCUUCUCUAUGUACCGUAGCAGCCGUUCCAUAUUUUUCUAUAUUUUUACUACUAUUUACUACUAUUUUCUUGUAUUUAUUACUAUAUUUCUAAAAAAAACACUAUUUUGCCCGCUCUGUCUUACUUCACUCUCUUACUUCACUUUCCUUUUCUCCCUCACCCCUGUCAAAGUUUCAGUUUUGGUGGAUCGUUCAAGAUUUCCAUAAUAUAUACCAUACAUUAUAUAAUGACAGAAAGCACAGUUUCUGAUCCGACAAACUUUGACGAGGAUAUGGUAAUAACACUCCGGGCAUACAAACAUAGCGCGGGGCUGUGGCUGGUAGAGGAUUAAGAGGGACUCCCCAAAUUUUGCUGUUGAGGGUUUAAAUAGUAGAUGACUUUUUGAGACAUGACAAAUGAGACUACAGACAAUUGUAUUUCCCUUCGGGGAUGGCUAAAGUUAUUCUUGUUUCCAUUCUUUUCAAGGGGUCUCUUAUGUUAAUUGAGGGGUCUUAGACCCCCCCCAAGCCUCCAGAUCUUGCACAGUGGUUACACCCCUGUUACAGAUACAUUAAAAGGUAUUGUUCUUUAAUUUUUCUGUUUGAGAGGUGAACACACAACAGCAGCUUCACAUACUCACAGACAUGCACACACACAUAUAGAGCACUGUUCCACCCUGCCUGCUCUGUCAGCUGACAGUGAUUCCAUCUCAUCUCUGUAACUCCUCGGUUUCAGGCUCUGAUUCUGACACAGCAGUAAGAAGAAGGAGACCCAUUAUUAGUGACAGUAAUGUUAAUUCUAUUUUUCUCUGACAUCCUCUGAUGUUACUACAGAAACUGCGGCAAUAAAAGUAUAUUCUGUCAGUUGUCUAAAGCCCUUUUUCUUUUUCUGACUUACUUUUUAGGCUCUGUGCUCACAGUAUUGUAGUUACAGAAGAGUGUUUCUAAGAUUUCUCACUAGGGCUGGGACGAUAUGCUUUCCUCCAGAUUCUAUUCUUAUACGAUUUUUUUGGAUGCCGAUUCAAUUUAAAUUGUGAUUCUAUGAUAUUGUCGACUUUCUCAAUUUUUAGUCUGUAUUUUUAACACCAGUGAAACAGUUGAUUAUGAUUGUCUACUAUUCCAGGAACCAUAUCUCCCCAAAAAAUACAUAUCACAUGUAAGUCAGUUUUUAAGAUUUAUUCAGCAGCAAUAUGUUUACUCUCUUUUCAAAAGCCUGGAUUGCAUAAAACAGGCAAAAAUAAAAGAGUAUAGAAAAACAGGCUUCUGAAACCUUUCUGACAAAAUGAGAUAUAUGUAGGCUUUCUGAGGUAAACUGAUACAUUUUAACAUUUGUCUGCACACAAAUACUGUAGGAGCCUAUAAAUUAACAUACUCCAUCAAGGGCGUAGGUUUGGUCUUAACAUUGGUACUGACAAUAUAACAGUAUAACCUGCAUGCACAAUUUACAGUCUCAAUUUACAGCUUUUGUCCUUCAUGUACCACAAGAGUAAUACAUUGCUUUAAUUGGUUGUCUCUUUCACCUUCUUCUCCGUUAUUUUCAUCUCUAAACUGCAUCAGUGUUUCGGCGAUUAUGGUCUAAUCAUCAGCCAAUCAAACGUGCGUUUGAGGAAAAAAAAUGGACCGGCACAUUCAACAAGUGAAAAGGGGUAAAUGUAAGUCAGAACAUAAUGAAAAUAAUUCACUUAAUAAUGGUAGGGUCGAUUCUAUCCUUACAAAAUAUGGGAAGACAAUCUAAAUUACCUAUAUAACUGCACUCAUUAUAUAAUGCAAAUAAUGUUGCUUAAAAGUUGGUGGGGACAAUUUGAGCACCCUGAAAAGUUGGUAGUGUUAUGUCCCUACUGUCCCUAUGCAAACCUACGCCCUUGUACUACAUUAUAAAGUGAACUUGAACCCUUUUCAAAACCUGGACAUGUAUGUAAAAAAAAGUAAGGGCAUACAAAUGCACAUUGCACACUAUAAAAACAAAUAAAUGCAAUAUUUGAUAAAAUAUUUCAAUAUUUUGGAUAGAUUUUUUCUCCCAACCCCAUUUCUCACAGACUUCUGCUUUCCCCAGUUUCUUCUCUCUGUUCAUAGUACUGUUAUUAGUGGAAAAGUGAUAUCUACUGUGAUUAUUUAAACGAACCCCUCUUUACUAACAGAUGAUACCGAGUGAUGCAGAGUCUCUCAGAAUAAAAUAAGAAUAAGAAUAACUUUAUUGAUCCCCAAAGGGAAAUUCAAUUUCUGUUGUCUCACAUAAUAUGUAUACAAAAGUUAUCUAUUAUUUACAUAAGAGUUAUAAAACCUGAUGGCUGUUGGUACAAAAGAUUGUCUAAAUCUUUCUGUCCUGUAGCGAAGAGAGAGGACUUUCCCUUCGGGGAUCAAUAAAGUUAUUCUUCUUCUUCUUCUUCUAGCAUUCAGCUUUGCCUUCACCUUUGCACCAGCACGGCAACCACGAUAACACCUGAUGUCCUCUGGAAUUGUAUGUUGUUGUCCAGAUAUGCCUUUCCUCAAUGAAAGGAGCUCCUCUCUUGAGUAAACUCUUCGCCCAGCAGAAGUAUCCAUAAGCAGCCAACAAAAUUACAACAAAAAUAUGAAAAAAAAUCUCGCAAAAAUUACAGAUAAUACAGAGAGACCAGACCUGCAGCAACCUCUCGAAUCAAGCGCAUCAUUUGAUGGAUCAUGACUGUUGUUUCAGAUAUCAGACCUCCUCUGUUCUCAAACUUUUUCUUUUCCACACAGAUGAUGAGAGGAGAAGACCGGACAUUUUUAGCGCCCUUAAGCUGGGUAAGUGAGAUGAAAAACCUUUAAUAUUAACUUUGAAAAACCCUCAUUUGAUUUCUGCUGAUCCAAUCAAAUCACAGCAUAGCUGCAUUUUUAUGUAUCCUAUAUCAUGUGAAUAUGUUGGUACGUGUGUGUUUUUAAUAUUUCAGGAAACUCCCAGCUGGUCAAAGAGAUCUUAGAGGAGGAUCCAACUCAAGUGAAUGUAUCCAAUCAGGAGGGAGCGUCUCCUCUCAUGAUGGCGGCAGUAAGUGGGCAGUUGGAGGUGGUGCAGCUGAUGGUGGAGAAGAAAGCAGACAUAGAUAAACAAGAUAGUGUCCAUGGAUGGACGGCUCUGAUGCAGGCUACUUAUCACGGGUUAGAAAAGCUUUUUAACACAACAUGGGCCUUUAUUUUCAGACCUUAUAUGAUGAACAUACAGCACUUAAAGAUUUUCUUUCUCCUUUUCUGCUUUCUUACAGUAACAAAGAUAUCGUGAAAUACCUGCUGAGUCAGGGGGCUGAUGUCAACCUCAGAGCCAAGAAUGGAUACACAGCAUUUGAUUUGGUGAUGUUAUUGAAUGACCCAGGUACCAUGAAUAACAGCAUCCAGUUAUUCCCAAAAUAAGGUCAUAUAAGUCAAGAUAAAAAAUGACAGCCAGGAUUUAAACACAAACCAUGUGCAAGCUCCCAUGAGGAGGUUUUAUCUAGUUAAGAAUCAGAAAUCUGAAAUCAAUUGUGGUGCCCUUUCUGACCUAAAAAAGCACAUGCUGUCACAUUUUUAUUUAUUUAUUUAUUACAUAUAUACCUGUCACCUCUGUAAAGGGGUAGGUUUCCAAUGAGGGGACUGAAGGAUUGUCUAUUGUUAUGCUAACACAUGCUCUAGUAAAAUUUUUCACUCAGAUCCAAAUAAGUACAUGAGAAGCAUAAAAAAAGAUUUAAAAAAAGGGAAACCAGACAAAUAUAACGAUAAUAACUGAUAUCAAGCAUAGAGUGCAGUCAUGGGAAUUAUGUGCAAAUAUGUGAGAAAUUUCCAUUUGGUCUAAAGGUUUUAAUUGCAACAAUCAGUGUCCAUAUGGCUAAAGGCAGCAGAGAGUCAUAUACGAUACAGGAGGCUCUUUUCCUGUACCAGUGGGUGUAAAUGUUUGUGGUUAUAGGCAGGCUGCUUCCCACAAUCCUUUUGUGUGUCUCAUCACAACUUUUUGUGUGAUCAACUUUUAUAGAACCCAUAAGUGUGACUAUAUUCAGAAGCCCCAAAAAGAGGUCACUACUACGCGAGGCAGAGUUGUGCGCAAAAUUUUGAGGUUGUUUUUGGGUCAGGUCGAUGUUUUUUUAAGUGCUUCUAACUUGGUUAAACGCAUAUUCUGAAUUCUCAAAGACAGUGCAUGCAUGCGUUGCGUCAGUGGUUUUGAUUAGAAGUGAGCGGAGGGGCAGAGCUGCAGACUGCACUGAUGUGCUGCACUGUUUUGAAUGAAUGGAUACACAUUCUGCACAUUUUAAGGAUUUUAUAAACUAUCCCCCCGGACAGGUCGGACAGCCCCCAAAAGAGGAUAUGUCUGGGUAAAAGAGGACAGAUAGUCACCCCACUUGGAAGGCUGGGAAGACUGCCGCAAUUAAACAAUGUAUUAAUACAUGCACAUUGCAGGUGAUGCUCUGCAGCCUAACGGUCAUAUCACAGAAGACGAAAGGCAAUAAUGAGAGCCUACCUAGAUUUUUCGGGCGCUUCCUGUGAUUGAUGCAGAUGGGGUUCACACUGCUCUAGAGUUCACUUGAUUGCAGUCCGAGACUACCCCUACCAGGCGGACUUGAGAGCAGUUGACUGGUCCGAACCAGCGUUCACACCAACCAAAAUGAACCGCACCAAGGAGGUAAAUGCUCCAGGGUUCAGUUCAACUGGACUAAACAAGGCUGGCGUGAAUGCAUCCUUAGUACAGCCGGAUAUUUUGUUUUUGGCACUGGUACAAUUCAGGGUUUUUUCCACAGAGCAGGUACCCGCCCCAGCUGUAGAUUGGAGCACAGUUUUUAAGCAGCCUUGGACCAGCUGCCUUCCCAGGGCAAAGUCUUCCAAGCUCCAACCUCACUGCUGUUUCUGUGACAGACAAGGGCUGAUGUACUAAGAGGGAUGUAGCUGAAGUGGUUGAGACAUUUGAACAAGAUGGUAGAGGAAGAUGAGUUGUAGUGGAGAUUUUUUGUGGAGAGAAGGGUGGAGUUGCUGUGGAAGUCGAUACGUCAGCAGUGUCAAAUCUGUUGAAGAACUGGUUGAGUUCUUUGGUCAGCUCUUUCCACAUCACCCUAUAGGGGUGCAACGGAUCAUCACACUCCCGGAUCGACUCAUUUCGCAGAUCAGUCACAGAUCGAAUCAUUUUUCGGAUCAGCAAAAAAAAAAAAAGGCACGACGAAUAAACAUAAGUUUGUCUUUUGUUUAUUAACACUUGUUAAAUUAAAAAAUAGAAAAUCAACUCCAAGUGCACAAGGCAUAAUAUCUUUUUUUUUUUUUUUUCGGUUGAAUUUGCCUUUUAUUGAUGGUGCAGGGUGGGGUGUGGGGAGAUGGGGGCGGGGACAUGCGCUGCAUGGUCGGGGUCAGGGUGGAGCCCGUGGCCGCUGCGGGGAUGGUACUCUCCAUACAUGGAGCGUGUCUAGCAUGGAGGUCAGCUUGGCCGUGAUCCUCCUCUUCCCAACCUCCUCCACAAGUUCCAGAGGGCAUCCCAGAACAGAGCUGGACGUCUUUACAAAUUUGUCAAGCCUCUUCCUGUGAUGCUGCUCCCCCAGUAGACCACUCCAUAGAAAAUAGCCCACCACAGAGUCAUAGAUGGUCCUCAAGAGUGCCCCCCACACCCCAAAAGACCUCAGCCUCCACAAAAAAGGACAGAGCAGAUAGAUUCUGCUCUGUCCUUUUUUGUGAAGUGUGUUGGUGUUAUGAGUCCAGUCCAGUUUAUUGUUCAGAUGAACACACAGGUACUUGUAAGAUGUCACCAUCUCGAUGUCCCUUCCCUGAAUGUUCACUGGUGAUGGGGGGGAGUGGGGGCGCCUGCAGAAGUCCACAACCAACUUCCUCGUCUUUCCAGCAUUUAUCUGGAGGUGGCACAGGAUUCUUUUCUGCUUCAAGCCCUGAGCAUGUGUUUGAAGCUCUUGUUUUGCACAACUUAUGGUUUGUUGUUGGGGAAGCAGCAAACAGGAUCACAAGAGACAUAAAAGCAAUCUUUAACCAGAAAAAGAAAGCUUUUAAAGAUGGUGACGAAGAACAACUCAAACAAGUGCAACAAGAGUUGAAGAGGAGACUGACGCUGGCAAAGCUGGAGUACAAAAAGAAGAUAGAGAAUAAUCUACAACACAGCAACAUCCGUGAAGUGUGGAUCUCAGUACCAUCUCUGGACACAGCAGAUCUUUUGUACCAACAGCCAUCAGGCUUUAUAACUCUUAUGUAAAUAAUAGAUAACUUUUAUAGACAUAUUACGUGAGACAACAGACAAUUGAAUUUCCCUUCGGGGAUCAAUAAAGUUCUUCUUAUUUAUUAUUAUAAUUAUUAUUAUUACUUAAAGGAAAUGAUCUGCUGCACUACUAUAUUAAUAAUCAAAAUAAAAUAAAUGAGUUAAGACUUAAUUAAAAGUUAAGGGCUGAAUUAAAAGUCAUAUCAAGUAAAAGUACACUUGUAAAAAUGUUUUUUUAAACAAGAUUUAAAACAGGAUAAGUAUCUUGUCAGUCUGAUCUUGUCAGUUUGCUCCAUAGAGCAAGAGCUUUGACAGACAAAGCCUGGUCCCCCUUGGUCUUCAGCCUGAACUGAAGAAUCGUCGGCAGACCCUUGGCUGAGGACCUCAGGGUACAACUGGGCUCAUAAGGUGUGAGGAUAUCAGUGAUCUACUUAAGGGCAAGUCCAGACAGUGCUUUAAAAGUUCUCUCUUAAAAUCAACUCUGAAAUUGCACUGGGAGCCAGUGGAGGAAGGCUAAAAUAGAGGUGAUGUGCUCUCACUGUUUUGUUUUUGUGAAGAGUCUGCCUGAGGCAUUCUGGACUAGCUGUAGUUUAUUUAGGCUCUGCUGCGAUAGAAAUGAAAACAAGGAAUCACAAUAGUCCAGGCAGGGGGAGUUGAAGGCAUUUAUGACUGUUUCAAGGUGUUUUCUGGGAAGCAAGUGACUGAUUUUGGAGAGUCUUCUAAGCCAAUAAAAGCAUGAUUGAAUCAACGGAUUGAUGUGCUUCUCCAGAUUGAGAUUGUUGUCAAAAUUGACUCCUAGAUUUUUGUGGCUGUUGGAAAUAGGAAAUAUUUGCUGAGAGAGGCUCUAGAUGUCCAGUGAUAUGUGCGUGUGCAGUGUCUGGGCCAAUUUUGAUAACCUCUGUCUCGUUCUUGUUAGCUGUAGAGUUGUGGGCCAUUCUGUUUUUAAUGUCAGUUAUACAGAUAGAGAGUGAAGAGAUGUGAUCCUUUUUGUCAUGGUUGAAAGAGAGGUAAGCUGGGUGUCAUCAGCAUUAAAAAUCAAUGCUGUGUCUAUGAAUCACAUGUCCAAGGACAACAUAUACACUGAAAACAGGAGUGGUCCCAGAAUUGACCCCUCGGCACCCCACAAAACAAAUUAGCACUGGAUGACUGUGAGUUCUCAAUGGUAACACAAGGAGACCUCCCAGUUAAAUAAGAAUAAAACCAUUUCAAAAGCUGAUCCACAGACACCAACCUGAAGUUUGAGACAUUAAUAGAAUAGAAUAGAAUAGUCCUUUAUUGUCAUUGUAACAAGUACAACGGAAAUUUAAAGUGCCAGACGGUCAGUACAUGAAUAAAAAAUUAACACUACAGUAAUAAAUACUACAAUAAUAAAACACACACACGCACAUCUACCAUACAUUCCAUCAACUGGUAUUGCACAAAUCCACCACAUGUAUACAUUGUGUUGCGGGUUAUUCAUUAGGCAUUGAGGGUAGUUAUUGCUGUUGGAUAGAAACUGUUUUUGAGUCUGUUUGUUCUGGAUUUGAUUGUUCUGUAGCUUCUGCCUGACAGCAACCCGGGAUGGAAAGUGUCUCUGACAAUGCUCUGAGCCUUCUCAACACAGCAAGCACAGUGAAAGUCGUCCAGCAAAGGAAGGGGGCAGCCGACUAUCCUCUGGGCUGCGUUAAUGACCCGUUGGAAGGCCUUUUUCUGUGCUACUGUGCAGCUGCUAAACCAUACACAUAGACAGUAUGUAAGGAUGGAUUCUAUGGAGCAUCUGUAGAAGGACAGCAGCUGUCUCUGUGUGAUGCUGUUUUUCCUGAGGACCCUCAGGAAGUAUAGUUGCUGUUGAGCCUUUUUAAGCACCUUCACACUGUUAACAGUCCAGAUCAGACCCUCCUCAAUGUGAACACCCAGGAAGCGGAAGUCAGACACCUGCUCCACACGUUCCCCGCUGAUAAUGAGCGGUGGAAUGUCAGUCUUUUAUCGUCAGUAGUCAGUCACCAGCUCCUUGGUUUUUUGCUUUCUUGAGCAGAAGGUUAUUCUCCCUACACCACACUGCCAGAUGUUCAACCUUAUUUCUGUAAGCAGACUCAUCUGUCCCAGAGAUGAGCCCCACCACCGUAGAGUCUGCAAACUUCACUAAGAUGUUGUUGUGGUUUGUGGAAAUGCAGUCAUGCCUGUAGAGAGUAUACAAUAAAUGGCUCAACAUGCAGCCCUGUGGUGAGCCAGUGCUGAGGCUAAGGGCCAUGGAUGUGUGAUGGCCCACUCUAACCCUCUGGGUGCGACAGGUGAGAAGGCUGUAGAUCCACAUGCAGGUGGGGUGUGGAAUGCCUAGAUCGAUCAGUUUGUUAAUCAGUUUGUGAGAAAGGAUGGUGUUGAAAGCAGAGCUAUAGUCCACAAAGAGCACCCGUACAUAGCUCCCCUGCUGGUCCAGGUGGGCCAGUGCAGCAUGAAGGGCUGUGGCCACGGCGUCUUCUGUGGAUCUAUUUGCCCUGUAUGCAAACUGAUGUGGGUCCAGGCUUUUUGGCAGGUACGAUGUGAUGUGACCUCAGACCAUCUUUUCAAAGGAUUUCAUCACCACCGGGGUGAGAGCGACUGGUCGGUAGUCAUUGAGGCUGGAAAUGUGAGGUUUCUUGGGCAGGGGGACGAUGUAGGAGGUCUCCAGGCAUGCUGGGAUGGUGGCCUCAGACAAGGACUAGUUAAAAAACCUUUGUGAAGACUCCAGCCAGCUGAUUCAAGCAGUCCUUUAACACACACCCGGACACUCCACUGGGCCCAGCAGCCUUCCUAGGGUUCACGGCGCACAGGGCAUGCCCCACCUCAUGUUCUAUGAGGGUGAAGUUGCUCUGUGCCGUGAGGUGUAGUGUGGCUGCCUUGGGUGUUUCCACCUCAAAACGGGCAAAGAAAGUUUUCAACUCCUCUGCCAGGCCUCACCCUCAGCAGCACCAGACCUGAAGGCGAUGUUCCUCUCUCUCAGCAGCUGCUGGACCUCCUUAAUGUCAAACUGAAAACAGAUUUUUACAAAGUAAUGUCAAUUGAUUAAAACUAACAAAGUAAAAUUCAUGAUUGCAUAAAUAUUCACCCCCUUCAAGUUUAUAUGCAGCAGCAAUGGGCAGGGAUGCCUCCCGGUCGACGUGGCCCCCAAAGGUAGCGUCUUCCUCACCUCAGAUCUCGGUGCCCAGUCAUGUCUCCUCACUAUCAGCUGCUAACUGUGUAGAUGCGUAUGUAUGUGAAGUUGUGUGUGUGGAAAUGUAUGUCUAUGUUCACGGGUGUGUGUAUGGGUAUAAUUGUGUGGGUGGGAGGUUUGGGGUUUUCUUGGGGAUUUUAAUGUUUCAUUUUGUUUUUAUGCUUUGUAAGGCACUUUGUGUUACAACUUGUAGGAAAAGUGCCAUAUAAAUAAAAUAAAGUUGAAAGUUGAAGUUAUAGAUUGUAGAUGCUCCUUUGCCUGCAAUCACAGCACUAGGUCUGUUUGGAUACUUGUGAAUCAGGCUUGCACACCUAGACACAGGAUUUUUUCUCUAUUCUUCCUUGCAAAACUGCUCAAGCUCGGUCAGGUUGCCCGGGGAUCUGGUGUGAACAGCUCUUUUGAAGUCCUGCCACAAAUUCUCAAUUGGAUUGAGGUCUGGGCUUUGACUUGGCCACUCCAGAACAUUCACAUGGUGAUCUCCAAACCAUUUUUGUGUAGUUUUUGUCAUAUGCUUUGGGUUGUUGUCUUGUUGGAAAAUCUAUCUUCUCCCAAGAUGGAGCUCUCUUGUAGACAGACUCAGAUUGUCCUUCAGGAUUUGGCAAUAUGAUGCUGCAUUCAUUUUCCCCUCUACCUUAAGCCCUCCAGGGCCUGCUGCUGCGGAGGGGAUGGUGUGUUUAUGGUGGUGUGUGCAGUGUUUGGUUUUCACCAAAUAUACCGUCUAGUCUGAUGGUCAAAAAGCUCAAUUUUUGUCUCAUCAGACCAAAGAACCUUCCUCCAGUUGACCGUGGAGUCUCCCACAUGCUUUUGGACGAAUUUGAGUCGGGCUUUGAUUUGAGCCUCAACCGUCAUCAACCGUGGCUUUUUUUUUUGCCACUCUCCCAUACAACUUUGACUGGUGAACAACCUAGGCAACAAUGUUGGUAUGUACAGUCUCUCCCACCGUAGUCGCUGAAGCUUUUAACUCCUUCAGAGUUGUUGCAGGUGGCUUUCCACACCAGUCUCCUUCUUUCCCUGUGUUGUCUUCAUUGUGUGAUUUUAGCAGGAAACUCUGCUGAACCAGGGACUGGCCCUUCCAAACACAGGUGUCUUAAAACUACAGAUACUAACAACACACUAACUGCACUUGGGUGAUCUCCAUUUCACUAUUUGUGAUACUACCAGCAUUCAUGAGCUGGGCGUCAGCUGAAUAAGGUCGAUCACUUUAAAGGGGGUGAAUAUUUAUGCAAUCAUUUUUUCUACAUUAUGAGUUUUAAUUAAUUGACAUCACUUUGUAAAAAUUUGUUUUCAUCCUGUCAUAUCAGGGUUGUUUUUUGUUAAUUCUUGUAAAAAAAAAAUUACAAUGACCAUGAUUUCAUUUGUCAAAGCAAUAAAAGGAGGAAACGUGUUAAUUGUAAUUGUAUGAACUGAUUAUAUUAUAGCAGGAGAUUGAAGAGAAAUGGUCAGGUCCUGUUAGGGAGGCGUGUGCUGCUUUCUAAAAUUUGAGACUUUGUUAACUAAAUAUUUUUAAAAUUCUUUCACACUUUGCUGAUGUAGAGAGCAAAUUCACAUUGAGAGGAGUCUCACAUAUUUGAUUUAUCUUUGUCCUGGGAUUUUUGGCAGAUACAAGCUUGGUACGUCUUUUGGCAUCAGUAUGCAUGCAAGUUGACAAAGACAAGUCAAAACACCGCAGCAGGGCUUCAAUGACACACUCAAAAAGCCGACAGUCAUUGAACAAUGUGCCAGUACCACCUGAUGACAAAGGAGGGCUAAAGGUAAAGAAACAGAAAAAAUUACAAUCCACACCACUGAUUAGUUUUAUGUGUGGCUUCACCACAGUUGUCAUCAAAAAAUACUUCUGAUUAAUCAUUUUAAUUGGAGUUUAUGUCAUUGUUGGAAAGACAGCAGCUGCCUCCAUUAUCAACUUGAUCAUGGUUGUUUAAUUUCACCCCAUUUCAGUCCUGGUGGAGCCGGAUGUCAAACCGUUUCCGGCGGCUGAAGUUGACCCACACGCUUAGACACGGCCUCUCGUCCAAUCGCCUUGCUCCAUUUCCUGAUGACACUGAAACCUCAUUGGACGCCACAAUGAAGGCAGAGAGAAAACCUGCCGCUGGGUGUAACGGGGCACUGAGUCCUGCUCUGGGAGGAAGUGACAUCAGCUCUGCCUGGGCCAUUAAGAGCAAAGACGCUGGUGAGUCAGGGCCAGACUGUGUUUUUCUCCAGUUCUUAAGGUCCUUACACACCAGGCGCGAAUUCGCCAGGCGAAUUAUUCGCCUUUUUUUAAAACAGCAUAAAGUCAAUGCAAGCUUCCACACCGGCGGCGAUUUUUCCGCGGGGCGAAAAGCCUCUUUUAUUUUUUUGCUCUUGUGUCAAAUUUUUCGAAGAUUCACAGGCGAAUAUCUGGACCUGCUAGACCUCUGACCAAUCAAAAGUCAUGUUGUUGAUGACGUCACAGACCCAUGCGGCUGCAGUUCACACGACACACACCACCACUGGCACCAAGAGCAACGAUGGGGGAGAGUGUGUACCACAGAGUGGUCACCCGGUGUGUAUAAGCGAGAGUGAUUUUUUCGGACCAGCGUCAAUCGCAAAUUCGCUGGUGUGUAAGGACCUUUAAGGUCCUUACACACCAGCGAAUUUGCGGAGCAAAGCAAAAAAGCUAGAUGAAAUUGCGAAUAUUCGCCGGUCCGAAAAAUCACUUUCGCCUAUACACACCGGGCGCGAAGCAAAUAUGCGUAUAAAUUUUGCAAAGCGAAUUAAUAAAUAUAAAUUGUCUUUGGCACGAGUUCUUUCUUGCCAAGGAGGAGAAGAGAACAAAGAAAUUGAGUCAACAACAUCCUCAAGCGAUGAUGAGCUCGUUGUGAUGCUUUUGGCAAAAAAAAAAAGACAGAAGAAUAAACAAAGGAGUGUUUGGGUACAUCCCAUAUUGACUUUGAGGAAGGAGAUGGGCGAGUUCCACACCACCAUCCAGUGGUCCUGUUCCGCAAUUACCAGCCUCUCUCCCAUCGUUGCUCUUGGUGCCAGUGGUGGUGUGUGUCGUGUGAACUGCAGCCGCAUGGGUCUGUGACGUCAUCAACAACAUGACUUUUGACUGGCCAGAGAUCUAGCAGUUUCAGAUAUUCGCCUGCGAAUCUACGAAAAAUUCAACACAAGAGCGAAAAAAUAAAAGUCGCUUUUCGCCCCGCGGAAAAAUCGCCGCCAGUGUGGAAGCUUGCAUUGACUUUAUGCUGUUUUAAAAAAAAAAGGUGAAUAAUUCGCCUGGCGAAUUCGCGCCUGGUGUGUAAGGACCUUUAGUCUGGUAACAGCCUUGGAAUUUGAAUUUCUAUAUUCUAUCUUCUAUAUUUCUAUAUUCUAGCUUUAAACAUAACUAGUGUUAACCUAAGGCCAGUUAUUCAGUUUUAGUGUGCUGUGUGGUUACUACAUGAACACAGUGCGUCUUAGCCUCUCUGUUCAAUAAUGUGUGAGAGGGAAAAUAGUGUUGUAGAGGAAAGGUUUUGUAGUGAAAGACUGAAAUUGUAAGUAAGAGAAUUAUCUCUGUGUGGCUCUGACUCUUGACUCAUGGGCUGAAAGAGAGGCCUACAACAUUCCUCCUUCUAAAAAUCCUGCGGAUUGCAGCAAGGUGUGCUGUACAAAUCCUGUAGGAAGACCUUUUUUUUUUCUUGAGAUGCUCCCAAAUGUUUGAAGUUUUUUAAUGCCAUGGUGUUGCACUAGUUCUAUGUCUUGUUUGUUUGUUUGUUGCUUCCUGAUUGUUUUAUUGCAUCCUUAUCUUUAAGAGAUAGUUGAGAAGCAAGGUGACUGACUCUUUGGCAAUUCGGUUCCAUGAAACAACAUCAUGUUCCCUCACAGUAUGACUUUUAGAUGGUUGCAGCCCUCAGCAUUCUUCUUACAAGCUCAGAAUAGGCUACUGUUUUGCUUGAUUACUGAGACAUGGUUGAAGGUAGGAAAGUUUUAAAGGUGAAGGUCUCUGAUUAAAUGAAGGUUUUGAAAAGUACUGUAUAUAAUUCAGAAACCUGUUAUUAGAUUUGUAAGAGGGAAUAUACUAAUGAGGCUGUGGUCCCUUUUCCAGGUCUUUGCAGAACAUCCUCAGAAAAGGAAGCCUUCCUCAUCACCACAAUGGUAGGAGUGAUUGGUUUGACUCAAUUAAUAGUUGGAUUAUAGAUGGAGUUUUUCAUGUAUCAUAAAGUUUGAGCAGUUGGAACAACCUGCUGCAGAGUAAUUGUUAUCGUCAAUAAGUUUCAUAUCUUUAGGAUUUAGGUUUGGAGCUUCAUCAGUAAGUCGCUGGAAAAAAUAUUUAACUGUUAGUUGAUGUUUUCCAUCCCCUCUAGCUCAGGACUGAUGCACCUUUGACCAGGCUGCCCAAUGACAAGCUUAAAGCAGUGAUUCCUCCUUUCCUGCCUCCAUCCAACUUUGAGCCGUGGAACUCAGACCGUUCACGCCUCCUCAAGGAGGGAAAGAGUGAAAUACCCCACCUGCCAAUGCCUCCGCAGAGAAAGCUAAACAGCAGUGGAAACUCAGAUAUUGUGAGUGAGAGGGAAAAAAAUGCACUCAGGUGAAAGCCUCUUUUUUUCUGUCAUCAGUUAACUAUUGUUUUUUCUCUUUUUUUCUUUUGCUCUUUCUUUCAGACGUCCAUCAGCCGUGUGGUUAGCAGGUCCAUUAAGUUUCCCAGCAUCCCCAAGGGGCCCUCCUCCUCCUCACCAUCAAACUCUGGUCACUAUCAUUCCCCCCACUCUUCAGCAGGCUCCAACGGAGUCGCAGGGAUCAACCGGGACUCCCAUAACCGAUCAGGUUAACACGCAAUCAAAUACAACACAAAUCUGACAUAAUAGGAACAUCAGAAGUCAGAUUAAACACUCUUACCUCUUUCUUCCACCAGGGGGCAGUGCAGACAGUGUCCUCUCUCAGAUUGCAGCUCAGAGGAAGCGAGCAGCAGGUCUGAUAGAAGUCAAACCUCAAACUCAAGAGAAACAGCAGAGUCAAACACAGAACCAGCUCCUUCUGCUGCCAUCCGCCCCAAGCCUGCUGCUUCCUGAUAUCAGCCUCCCAGAUGUCCACUCCCACCCCAGCCUGGUUGCCUUAGACAUUCACCCCAGGAGGGUUUGUGUUACUUUGUCUGUCAUGAAUCUUGUUAAAACAGCUGCUGUUAAGAGUCUCCUGUAAUGUCACUGAAUUUUUUUUCUGCUGAAGAAGAUGGAGCUUAAGAAGAGACCACAGUCGGGGAAUUCCUCCACCUCUAAGAGCACAUCACCCACCCUCACCCCGUCUCCUUCCCCAACACCCAAACCUCCCACUGGGCCUGGAGACUCUCUGUCUUCAGCCUCUUCCCACCCUCGAUCCAAGAGCAGCGGUGGCUCCAGCAGUGGGACCAUUACUGAUGAAGGUGAUUCCAUGUUUAACUGAGCAUUAAAACUGCCAUUCACUCUGUGCAACAUUUAGCGAUGAGGCAUGGCUCUAUUAUCCACUUAGCCCAAUAUUGGCUCCUGUGGAUAACACCUGUCUUAAUAUAAAGCUGUGAUGGUUAACUUUCUCACACUUUUCUACUUCCUUCCUUUCAGAUGAGCUGUCUGGUAUCUUGAAGAAACUGUCACUUGAAAAGUAUCAGCCCAUAUUUGAGGAGCAGGAGGUAUUCUGACCUUUAUUUUAUUUGAUAUGUGUUCCUUCACAUUAGGUCUGUAAGUGUUUUGCCUUACUGUCUGAAUGAGAUAAAGUGAUUAAAUUUUAGUUUUUAAAGGUUUCAGCAAUCUCUGAAAAAUUGUUCUACUGUUACUCAGAAAAAUCGUAUUUUUGUAUCAACAAUACAGUGAUAAGGUUAAGACAUUUUCUUGGAGACUCCAAAAUCCGGCAACUGGACUGUGUAGAAUUUGAGAAGAUGUUUCGCCGCUUAUCCAAGAGGCUUCUUCAGUUCUAAAAUAGUUAGUGGGGGGAGCCGGUAUUUAUGUUACUGGAGGAGGGGGAAAAAAAGAUUGGGAGGAGUUGGAGUGAAUGGGUCGUAGAGACCCUUCUCCGGGUGAUUAUCCCAGGAGUUGUUAACCAGAGUGGGUCAUUAACUACCCCUUCCAUGUGAGGUGUUUUGUUCACAUGGUCCCAGGUUUGAAAAUUUGUGGAGCUUUCUGGGGGGGAGAGCUGAGAACUGCAUUGUAAGUGCCAGAGAGGUUAUGCCUGAGUCCACCUCCUCUGUUCAGAGAGGGUUUCUUUAACUCCUUUCAAACCACCUGUCUUCUCUAGCCAAAACCCGUACAUUGCUGUCCUCAAAAGAGUGACCUGUGUCCUUUAAGUGAAGGUGGACCGCUGAGUCCUGACCUGAGGAAGUGGCUCUCCUGUGUUGAGCCAUGCGCUUGUGAAGCGGUUGUUAAGUCUCCCCAAUGUACAGGUCCAAGCAUUCCUCAUUGUACUGGACAGCAUACACCACGUUACUCUGUUUUUGUCUCAGAGUUUUGUCCUUUGGAUGGACUAGCUUCUGCCUUUCCAGUAUUUCCAGGCUUGAAGUGAACAGGAAUAUGGUGUUUGCCAAAGAUCCUCUUGAGUUUUUCCGACAAGCCUGCAAUGUAUGGAAUUGCAAUGUUCUUGCGUCUCUCAUCCCUUUCUUGUUCAAUGUUCUUUCUCUUCCUGUUCUCUAAAAAAAAAAGCCCACUUAUGAUAUCCACAGGUUGUCAGGUUAUUUUUGAUGUGCUUCUGUUCCUUUUCCUUACCUUCAUUCUUCGUGGGAAUGCAUUCGGCCUGGUGGUUGAGUGUUCUGAUAACACCCAGCUUGUGCUGCAGAGGAUGGUGAGAAUCAAACAGUAAAUAUUGAUCCGUGUGUGGGGGUUGCCUUUACACUUAGACAUUGAGACACCAUCUGCCUCCUAGUGCACAGCACAAUCCCAAAAAGGCCAAAACGUUGUCCCUGAUAUCUUCACGGGUGAACUUAAUGUUGCUAUCCACUGUGUUGAUAUGGUCUGUCAAGGCCUCUACUUCAUGUGUUAGGAUUUUUAUCCAGGUGUCAUCCACAUAUCUAAACCAGUGGCUAGGUGCUUCCUAUGAAGGAGGUUAGGGCCCUUCUCUCUACCUCUUCUAUAAACAGGUUUGCCACUACUGGAGAAACAGGGGAGCCCAUGGCACAUCCAUGUUUCUGUCUGUAGCAGCGCUCUCCGAACUGGAAAUAGGUGGUGCUGAGGCAGAUGUCCAGUAAGGAACAGAUGUGGUCUGGGUUAGGUUAGUUCUGACCUGCAGUGUGCUGUCCUGUAAGAGAGGUAGUCUUACUGCUCGGACUGCCUCUGUUGUCAGAAUACUUGUGAAAAGUGAUGUGACGUCAUAGGAAACCAUGGUUUCCUCAGGGUCCAGCCUUAUGUCCUUGAUUUUCUGGGCAAAGUCCUGUGAGUUUUUGAUGUGGUGAGUAGUGUGGCCAACAAGAGGAGCUAAGAUAGUGGCCAAAUGUCUCGCCACAUUGUAAGUGAUUGAGUUAAUGCUGCUGAUUAUUGGUCUAAGGGGAGCCACUUCAUUGUGCAUUUUAGACAAUCCAUAAAUGCUCGGGACUGCUUCCCCUGGGUAUAGCCGGUAAUAGAGUGAACGGCCGAUUACUCCAUCCUUUUCCAGCUGUUGAAGAAUGCUGAUAACUUUCUUUUUUGUAGCUGUUGGCAGGGUCCUGUUUCAAAGCUUCAUAGGUGGCAGUAUCACUGAGGAGGCUUGUUACCUUGUCACGGUAAUCCCUAGUGUUGAGUACCACCGUGCAUCUCCCCUUAUCUGCAGGCAAGAUGGUGAUGUUUUCAUCUUUUCACAGUGAUGCCAAGGCUCUGCUUUACUGGAUGGUCAGGUUGGAAGGAGGUGUUUUGGCAUUCGAGAGAGCAGCUGUUACCUUCAACCUCAGUUGCUCUGCCUCUGUGACUACGUAGCUGUGAUCAGGUUUACCACCGGGAUCUGUUCUGGGGUGACUGCAAAAUUCAAUCCCUUGGAAAGGACGUCUUUUUCCGGCUUAGUGAGAACCCUGUCUGACAAAUUCUUCACCCACUUUUCUUGCCUGCAAGUGUCUGUGUGGCUGUCCUUUUUGUCCCUCCAGGCUAGUUCUGAUGGUCUUUUAGUUUGCAGAGACUGUAGUCCAUCAAUUUUUUGUGUUUGUCCUUCCUUACUUUUGUUGGGUUGUGAGAUCUGAGCCUUAUCCACAAAGUUGUAGACUUUGUUGAGGAUGUUCUCCGGAAGUAGGGAUGCUAGUGUCUCCUUGGUGUGAUUUAUUUUAGCUUGUAAAGCCUCAAUGGUGGAAUUGACCUGCCUAAUCCUUUCAUUGAGGAGCUGCUCCCGUGCCCUAGAGAGAAUGCCGUCUGCCCUGUGCCCUUUAACCGUAGAGAUCAACCUUAAGCAUUUGGGAACAAGUCCUUGCUGUCUGCAUCUUAGGUUAAAGCAGAAGUGGUUUCUGUAAUCCGCCAACUUCCUGCAAGUUUUCUUAUGCUCCCGGACCAGCUGAAGGGUAUCCAACCCGAAGUGUGAUCCAAUAUGUCCAUGUAGUUAAGACACUUCUUAACCCUCCUCCUGUGUUAGGGUCUGUACUGACCUGUUUUUGUUUUUAAAUGCUUAAAAGAACCACUUAAAUUAGCUUCUGUGCAUCGACUUUCUGAAUUUGUCAAGAACCUCUACUUCAACAAAAUAAAGAUAAAAAAUAUAAAUUGACUAAAUUUUUUUUUUUUUUUGUCACUGCACUCAUAUUAAUGGGAGCAGUCUCUUUUUUUACCUCCUCCUCUCCCUCCCUCUUGUGUGUACUUUCCCCAUCUGUAAAUGCAAUUUCGUUGUGCACAGUUGCAAUGACAAUAAAGACCAUACCAUACCAUAGAUCGAUAUCUAAUGAUUAGAGCAAAAACUGAAAUCAGUGCACUUACUGUCAGGCACCACAUUGACAGUCAGAUCCUCUUCCAAUCAUGUGAGAUUUAGGAAAUUCUCAUUUUUCCAUGUUUUAUCCUGCACAAAAACUAUGUCGAGCAUGUCCAGACAUGUGAGAUCAAUUCAGUAUAGAUGUCUGUGUGAGGGGUAUACUGACAAAGAAAAGCCCAGAGGCCCACUACAAAAUAGUAUAAUCAAUAUGUUCAUGGAUAAUGAAGCCUAACAAGGUAACCUAGAAAUGAGAACCAAAUUGGAUGAUAGAGAAUUGUUUUUAGUGUAAUUUACAGCUGAUUUAAGACACGGGUGAAAACCGACCCUUAACAUAGUGGUUGCAUAGUAAAAUCUAACACAGGAGGAGAGUUAAAGACAUUUCAUCAGAAUAUCUCUUUUUUCAUUCAGAUAUAAAGUAUUUUUUUCAAAGAAGCUACAGCCACCAUAAACAAUGUAAUGUAUUCAUAUUUAAUUCUUCAGGUAGUGCUAUAAAAAUAUCCAAAAUAUACAUAUUAUCUAUAAAACUGUAAAUACAGAUGUUACACCUGUGUGCUUAGUCUAUGAGAGGCAUUCAUCUGUCUUUGCUAAGAACUGAAUGAGGAUGGUGUUUUCCAUGUGGACACCUUUUGUUUAUUAUUUAUUUAUUUUUAGCAUUUUCUGUUCUUCAAAAUAACCAUAUCUGUCUGACUCCAUGCUGGAGCUGCUCCUGAUGAUUAAAAACAGGAGGCAGGAGAAGCAGAAUAAAGCAUCAGCAUGCUGUUAACCAAGACUUGGGUGGCAGUAGCUCAGGAGGUAGAGCAAUCAUCCAACAACUGGAAGGUUGGCGGUUCGAUCCCACCCUAUCCCUAGUCUGUCAGUUGUGCCCUUGGGCAAGACACUCAACCCACCUUGCUACCAGUGUGUGUCCUCCACUGGUGUAUGAUUGUGAGUGUUGUGUGGUGGUGGUCGGAAAGCCGUAGGCCUGAAUAGGCAGCAACGUUUGCAUCAGUCUGCCCAGGGAAGCUGUGACUACUAAGGUAGUUUACCACCACCAAGGUGCGACUGUGUGAGCGAAUAAAUGAUGUAUCCAAUGUAAAGUGCUUUUAGGGUCUCUGAUGAAGCACUACAUAAAAUCUGAUGCAUUCUGGAUAUAAUUAUUAAUUGGUCAACCAGCUCUUUGAAAAUGACAAGAUGUCAUUUCCUUCUCUAUUAUUUGGAUGCUGUGUAAUUCUGAUGAGUAGCUAUUUGGGUCCAAGCUCUUUAGAUGUCAGCUUCUCCUGCACUGAUCUCUCAAACUGUAUUAUUUUCCCCUCCUAUACUCCCAUACAGAUCUCCUAGAUGGCAUAAUUUUCAACGAUGAAACUGGGUUUUCAUUCUGCAUAUUACGUACUUCUCCCUUAAGGAGGUCGGCCCGAAACUUUUUUUCCUUAACAACUCACUCCUUUGUGAUUUACUUGGAUUUACCCUGGCAUUCUUGCCUUCUGUCCAGUUAUUUCCAGCUUGUGGUGCUUGCACCACAAGGCCGCUAUUAUCUCUUGUGUUGAAAAAAAGAGUAAAAACAAAUUUGAAAGCAAAAACAGAAGUCACCUGAUGAGUCACCUCAUAAUUUCUUUAAAAAAUCUUUUCCCCUCUUCUUUCUUAAGGUUGACAUGGAAGCUUUCCUGACUCUGACAGAUGGAGACCUGAAGGAGCUGGGCAUCAAAACAGACGGACCAAGACAACAGAUCCUGGCUGCCAUCUCUGAGCUCAAUGCUGGGAAGGUGUGUUUGGUUGAUCUAAAAUUAUGCAAUCUUUCUUUAACGCUUUAUUUACAUCUGCUGUGUUUCCAGGGAUCACAAGGCUUCAGUUGUUAUUUUUCACCCCUUGUCCUCUAAUGUAUACCUUCACAUUAUGUCUUGAACACUGUGAGCUUGUGCUAAAUGAAAAGAUACCAAAGGGACAUGUGUAAGUGAAGCAAAAGCUUCUUUUUUUCUGAAAACAUAACCUGGUUUAUAAUGAGUGUUACCUGCUGUCACCAGGGCAGAGAGAGGCAAAUCCUUCAGGAGACGAUCCACAACUUCCAGUCUUCCUUUGGUAGCAGCGCCAGUAACCCACGGCAAGCAGGUGAAUCACGCUGUAAGUGUAAAAGGUCAAAACUAAGAAAUCAACUCUCAGGUGUGUUAUUAUUUUACUCAAACCAACAUCACAGUGCUCAUGUAGUUUUCUUCUUCUCCACUUUGUCUUCAUUAGCACCAACAGUUUGGAUGAGACACCAGAUGAGAUCAGCCAACAAAAGGUAA